GCCCGGGGAGUUGGUCACAUUCUUGGCUGGGAUUCAAUGACUGAGGCAGACACCAACAAACAGAGAGAGAGAAAGGGGGUGGAGAAGCCAUAGGAAAAGAGGGGAGGGAGGGGACAGACACACACACGGGGGAGGAGGAGGCGGCGCUCAGGCACAGACAGACACAAGCCAUGAGCUAAGCAUUCCGGCUGGGUGCGUGCACGGGAGCGCAGCUCUGCUCCGACACCCAACUUUCCCAAGGUAACAACAUGAAGACAAACUCCUGACAACUCGACCGCUGGAAACUACGUUAUUAUUGGGGCUUUUUUUUUUUUUUUUCCUCCUUGGUUUGACGUCACCGUCCCGACUCUUUCUGGUAGACAGGACACUUGGAGAAGAAGAGGAGUUUUGGGGGCAGCAGACAGUAGUGCCGGCCGGAGGACAUGGAGCACUUGUAAUCCCCCCCCAUAUCUUGUGGAUCUGUCUUGUAAGUUGCUAAGAAGAAGAAAGAUUUCUGCGACUUGUUACUUUUUCUCCAAUGAUGGAGGCUGUGAGCAGGAGCUUCCAGCCCCAUCCAGGUCUCCAGAAGACCCUGGAGCAGUUCCACCUGAGCUCCAUGAGCUCCUUGGGCGGCCCGGCCGCCUUCUCGGCGCGCUGGGCGCAGGAUAUGUACCAUAAGAAGGAGAGCGGGAAGGAGCCCGAGUCCGUCCUGCAGCUGCCGGUGCAGCCCCCGCCCGUCAUCCCCGGGGGGCCCCUCUUCAUCCCGUCCGACCGCUCCACCGAGAGGUGCGAGACCAUCCUGGAAGGGGAGACCAUCUCCUGCUUCGUGGUCGGCGGCGAGAAGAGGCUUUGCCUCCCGCAGAUCCUCAACUCCGUGCUGAGGGACUUCAGCCUGCAGCAGAUCAACUCGGUGUGCGACGAGCUGCACGUCUACUGCUCCCGCUGCACGGCCGACCAGCUGGAGAUCCUGAAAGUCAUGGGCAUCCUGCCCUUCUCGGCGCCCUCCUGCGGCCUCAUCACCAAGACGGACGCCGAGCGGCUGUGCAACGCGCUGCUGUACGGGGGCAGCUACCCGCCGCGGUGCGCCAAGAAGGACGGGGGCGGCGGCGGCGUCCUGGAGCUGGAGGUGACGGAGAAGAGCUUCAGGGUCUACCACGAGUGCUUCGGCAAGUGCAAGGGGCUCUUCGUGCCGGAGCUGUACGGGAACCCGAGCGCCCCCUGCAUCCAGUGCCUGGACUGCCGCCUGCUCUACGCGCCGCACAAGUUCGUGGUGCAUUCACACAAGGCGCUGGAGAACCGGACCUGCCACUGGGGCUUCGACUCGGCCAACUGGCGGGCGUACAUCCUGCUGGCCCCGGACUACUCCAGCGAGGACGAGCAGGGCCGGCUCGGGCGGCUGCUGGACGACAUGAAGGACAAGUUCGACUACAGCAACAAGUACAAGAGGAAAGCGGCCAGGAUUUCUUCUGAGUCUGUACUUAAAAAGUCAAAAACUGAUGAAUCGAUCAUCCACUCCCCAAGCUCAGCAGAGAAAGACAAGUCCUCAAGUUGGUUACGGAAUUUAUCGAACUCCAGCAAGAAUUCAGCAUAUAGUAACCCUCGCCAGCGCCUUUCAGCUUUCCGGCCCUGGUCCCCUGCCAUUUCAGCAAAUGAGAAGGAGUUGCCUGCCCUAAUCAGAGAUGGUUUUUAUAGUUACAAGAGUUUUGAGCACCUGGUUGCUCCCAAUGUUGCUUUGGCACCCCCUGCCCCACAGAAAGUCAUCACAAGCCCAUUGUGUGCCCCAACUGUGCCAAGAAGCAUUCAGGCAUCGAGUAGCCCUGCACAGUCCCGAAAACGAAGGCCGACUGCAGAAAUGCCCCCAGCACCUGAGGUACCAGCCCCUCCCGUUCCAGCCCGGGAAGAAGAGAGAGAAUCUGAAACGGAAAUAGAAGUGGAAAGUAGAGAAGAAUGUAAGUUUACCUCUUCGCUGUCUUCGCUCUCCUCUCCUUCCUUCACAUCCUCAAGCUCCGCCAAGGAGUUAAGUUCUCCGGGCAUGUUGGCCCCGACAGUAAUCAACCCUUUAUUUGAAGGGGCACAUCAUUGUGACUCUCACAGUAGCGGACUUGAGGCAGAAUUGGAGCACCUAAGGCAAGCCCUGGACAGUGGUCUAGAUUCCAAGGAAGCCAAAGAAAAGUUCCUCCACGAAGUUGUUAAAAUGAGAGUGAAACAAGAAGAGAAACUGAAUGCUGCAUUGCAAGCUAAACGGAGUCUCCAACAGGAGCUGGAGUUUCUUCGAGUGGCCAAAAAAGAGAAGUUGAGAGAAGCAACAGAGGCAAAACGCAACUUAAGAAAAGAAAUAGAACGUCUCCGGGCUGAAAAUGAGAAGAAAAUGAAGGAGGCUAACGAAUCGCGGUUACGUCUGAAGCGAGAGUUGGAACAAGCUAGGCAAGUCAGAGUGUGCGACAAGGGCUGCGACGCAGGCCGGAUACGGGCGAAAUACUCUGCUCAGAUAGAAGAGCUGCAAGCAAAACUCCAGCAUGCAGACAGUGACAGAGAGAAACUUCGGACAGAUCUUGUACAGGAGCAGGAAGCCAGAGAACUCUUGGAAAAAGUUGUCAAAGAUCUACAGGAACAACUUUGGGCCAAGCCCACCAACCUUUCCAGCAGUGAACACACACGAAAAGACAUUGAGAACUAAUGCAAAAUAAAACACACACACAAAAUUCCUUUUUGAAGCAAAAAAAAAAAGUAUCUAUUCAUAAACAAGAUUUUACGUAUAUGCACAGGAAGAGGAAGAGGCUGUCCGAUGUAUGCAUGAAUAGGUGCACGUGUGAGUGUAUGGAGUGUGUGCAAUGAGCAUGCACUAAUAAAUAUGAACAUUUACAAGAGUGGAAAAUGAUAGAUCCUAUACAACAGAAGCACUGAACUAUGCCUCGUUUGAUCCCACACAGCACAACAUCUUACUGUGCCUCAGACAGAGUGUUUAUAAAAGGAGCCAUUUAGGCUCAAAAAUUACUUUUUUUUUUUCUACGUGUCAACUACAAGAUAACGCAGCAUUCAAGUCAAAGAUUUAAACAAAGCAAGCAUGAUCAUUUAGGGGGGGAAAAAGAGAAAAAAAUCAUUCUUACGCUUGCCUGGAUCACUUUGAGAUUUACAUUUUCUUAUAAGCUAUUUAAUAUAAAAAAAAUAUAUUAAAAUGAUCAGAACAUUGUAAAGACUCCAUAAAACAGGGGGAAAACAUUUUUUUUGUAUAACAGAACUGAAACUUUGGUGCACAAUUUUAACUGACUUGUUACAGGCUUUUUGGGGUUUAUUAUUAAAAAAAAAAAAAAAUUUAAUAAAAAUCAACCCUUCCUUGCUACUCCAGAAUCCACCCUUCCUCUCGACGCCAUAUUCAGAUCGACUGUGCAAUGUAUUUGGCAGCAAGCCAUCAAUUUUGAACCCUGUUAGAGACUCUACUACAUUAGUGGCUUCUCCAUCAGAUUCUGUUGCCUGGGAAUUAUCCAAAUGCUCCACCUUUUUUGGUUUUGUUUUGUUGUAACAUAUAUAUAUAUUUUUUUAUUUUAUUUUGUUUUGCCGAGACAGGUUUAUCUGUGCACAUAUAGGAGAGGGUGAAAGACCGAACAUCCAAACCACAAAUAAAAGAAAUGGAACCGUUUAGCCAUAUUGACCAGUGUUUUUAUAAAUCCCGCCAUAUUGGAAAGAGAUCUCUAGGUGUAUAUUGAAUCCAAGUCCUCUUUACAAAUUGUCCAGAAAGUGGGCAAUCGGGUUGGAAUAAAGAAUAUAAACCGGCUGUUAAAAAGUUUGUGCAACAAACAGCAAGUAUUUGGGAGUCUAUGUAAUCUGUUCUGUUAGGUUUUUGUUACAGUUUUCAUAAAUUCUGUAUUUUUUUUCAAUGGCUGCUGUUAGCGUGUUUCGAGCGCAUGUUAACACAGUGCAAUACUGAAUGCUAGACCGAGAGAUGCAAACACUAUCUUGCUGCUUAAAAUAAUAUCCUAUACAGGUGGCUGGAAUUAGAGGAUAGAUAUUUGCAUAGUAGUAAGUUUAUCAUUAGAAGGAAUAAUACAUACCGUAUAAACAACAAAGCACAAUGAGCUCUUUGUAAUAGACUAUGUCCCUACCAUCUUAUAGGGGCUGCCUUUUAAUUUUUUUAUUUUUUUUAUACUAAAAACAGCGCCACCUCUGUCCAUGGGCUGUGUCGGGUAUCACAGCUCAUCCCCUUUCAAGUGAGCUACAGUACCAGACGCAAGCCAUGGAUUGGGGCACUACUUUUUUUUGGAGGGAGAAAAAGUGCAGAAAACUAACUUUUAUGGUUAUUAUAUGAUUUUUAUGUUGCAUGGUCAUAUUCAUCUCAGAAUAUGGCCCUACAGUUGAGUAUCACCAAAAGCAGCCUCUGGGAAUCCUGUAUAUGCCAUAGGGAACAUGAAAUCUAAUUGAAAGAAAGCUAUCCUCAAAUUCUAGCCAUGGUGCUAGGAAGAAUUUAAUGAUCUUAAUACUGAAGUCCGUUGAACAGUUUAGGUACUGACUUGACCAACUAUUUUUGCAGGUUGCUUGAUGUAUUUUGUGUGUGUUUGGGGGUAAGGGGGUGUUAAAGUUGCAGUCUGAAAGGGAAAACAUCCUUGUAUUUUAAUUUGGUGGUGACUGGCAAGUGAUUGUAUUAGGAGUUGAACUGGUCUUACUUGUGAGUGCAUUGGAAAGAAAUCCAGUUUCUAUCUUGGUAAGAAAAUGAUCACCUGGAGAAGAUGGCCAAGUUGUGUCACAGACUCUCAGAUUUUGUAGUCUCAGAUUUUGACAUGCUUGUACAUCUUUGCUUUUAAAGAGUAGUGACAACCUGAGAUUCCUCAGCCGCUAUGGAACUAUGAAGUCCUGUAUAGCAACAGGAACUAGGAGGCAAUCCAAAGGUUUGAUGACUCCAUAGCGGCUGAAGGGUCAUCAGUUGCUCUGAAAGACCAUCCCUGGUGUUUAGGAGAUGAGUUCCAUGUCCGGAUGCAGAAACAUUUCUUUUCUUUUUGUUACUUCAGGGUUCUCUGUUUCAUAUUUUUUUUUCCAUUCUAAGUGUUCAUGAAGCCGCCCAAGUCUUCAUGUUGUCAGUUCUAUCUAAAUAAUGGGCUAUCAUGCUACGUAUGUACAGGAAAUAUUUAUACUCUAUUGUAAAGUUUACUAACUGCUCUUUUAAAAAAAAAAAGAAAAUAAGUGUAAAAAUAUUCUAUAAUGAAAAAGAUGUCAGAAUAAAAUAAAAUGCAUAGAACUAAUAAUAAUAAAAAUAACUAUAACUGAUGCAUUGCUUACAGGACUGCAAAGGUCUGGUCUUAAUCCACCAUUAUUUUUUUUUUAAGGUUGUAAAUAAUCAGUCUUGGAGAGCAUUUGUGCACCAUUUAUAGGUAGACAAGUGACCCUCCGCAAAGGUGCAGUGCCACUCUGAAGUCAGAGCAUCUCCUUAUAUAAUCCCUCUUUUAGUGUUACUUGGAUUAACUUUUUGGAUAAUGAAGUCCUGAAAUGAGUCAGACAUGAUAAUAGGUUGACCAACACUUAAAGUGGGAAAUAUCUUAGGAGACAACACAAAAACGCGGUCUUGUUUAUUUUUAUUUUUUUUCCUUCUCAUUUUAAUGAUAGUAUUUCCUAAGGGGCACCAAAAACGGCUACUCUACUUGCCUUGGUGAAAGCAGCACAAUCUCUUGAUACUCAGUGUUCUAAUCAAAUUCUAUGGGUCGUACAUGUUCAUCGCUAUUUACCCUAUCUUAAACCUAUGGAGUACACUAACAUGGCUAUGUACACUGCACGCCUCUAAUGUCACUGCACUGUUGAUAAUAUCCAUUAAUAUUCUUGGGUUAGUGACAUUUUUUUAUUUUAUUUUUUUUGUUUUGUUUCUGCACACACAAUGCAAUGAAGCAGUGUCUCACAAAGGUGUUUUUUUUUUUUUUUUUUAAUUACCCACACGUUUGCUGCUAGUGGGUUCCUCAAGUCAUAUAGAAUGUAUUUACAUAAAGGCUGCGCUACAGGUCAUGUUUCCCCAGUGAGAAGCCUCUUUACAAUAAGGUUCAUUGUACAGUCCUCGGAGCAGCGUGCCCAAUGCUGCUGGUACUGGAGGGUCCUGCAUCGCAUUUGCAUGUCUUUAGUUCUGCAGCUGUUUAAGUUUUUUUUUUUUUUUUACUUUUUUUUCUUACAUAGUGCAAUGCAAAAAUAUCAGUGACUGUCAUUUAAAAAAAAUAAAAACUAACUUAUUUUUUUAUUCACUUUUUUUAUUUUAUUUUUUAAAACCAAACCAUGUGAAAUUAAAUCUGCCACUUAGGAUAACACAAAAUGGGCAUUAAUAAUGUUAAGAUUUUUUAAAAAAAAAUUUUUUUUUUCCUUUUUAUCCAUAAAAUAACUUCACUUUUUGGUUUCUCAGUUAUAAUAAUCCCUAGCACUGAUUUUAAAUUUGUGGGGGGGGGGGGGGGGGGGGGUUGUGUAAUCUAUCUCCAAAAAUCUGUUAGGUGAGUGGGGCAAUUCAACGCUGUUGGAUACAUUUUGUGGUUGUGCGUUUUCAGGAGCAGAAAGCCAAAAUACACACCCAAUUGUUUUAUAUGUAUCCUAGGCGAAACCCAUGCUCUAAGUUGUAUAUACGGUGCUACAUUAGCAGUCAAAAAAAUGUUUAAGUAAAAAAAUAUGAAAAUUGGGCCCAGUGCUGUAAUCGCAUGCAGCAAUCUGGGUUCACUUUUUGGCUCCAUUUACUUGCAUAUCUUUUAUAAAAAACCACUAUAUUCCUGAAUUUUAGAUACCAGCUGUCCAAAUACACAGGUCACCCUUUACCGUGCCUUCCUUCCUAGUCGAUGCGUGUGCCUUUUAAAAAUCGAUCUAGUACUUCAAUUUUCAGAAGGUUUCCCAGGAAUAUCAGGGCUCCUUACCCCAAUAAAAGAUGUGAAGCACAUGACUUCUCUAUUGAAUGGGGGUAUUCUUAAAUAUUUAGACAAUUUUUUUAGCUAUGGAUGCCGAACUCAUUGGAGGAAAAGAAAACGAAAAGCCAUAAUUGUACUGCAUAUAAACUCUUGAAUUACUGAAAUAUAUACAUUUGGAAUAAAACUGGAUGUUCUUAGAAAUUUGUCAUUGUACUGCAGGGCAUUGUCAUCUGCCAUCUUUUUCUCUUUAAUGUUUCAUGUUGUAGCACAGGACCCCUCCCUCCCAUUAAUUAGCCCAUUAAAAAAAAUCUGUAGAAAUCGAUGCUUGAAUGUUUGCUCCCUCUUCCAAAACUCUCCACUAAACCAGCGCUAGGUUUUCCAGUCUAACUUUUUGUUUUUGGACACUUCUACAUCCGCAAUUCAUAGGCGAUGCUUACCUUCUUAAGGGACUUUGACUCUAAAAUGAUCUGAUCUACAUAUUAAUACGUAAAGCCAUUUUUAAAGAGUAAAGUUUUAAUACAGAUACCAUAUACUCGUUUGCCUUACUAACGUUUGCUGCUACCAACAUUGUAAGUUAUUAGGUCCUCAGAGCGUAUGUUGUUUACAAUGUUACACUUGCUUAUAGCUUUUCAAUCUCUGUAUUCUACAACUGUUUGGGAAUUUCCAUUUCGGAUCACCAUAAACUCACCUAAAUGCUUCGAUCUGAUCAAACCCAGCAGGUACAUACUAUAAAAAAACAAAAAAACAGGCCUGUACAUUCUUUAAAACAACAAAACAAAAACUUCACUCCUGAGCAUUCUACCGUCUAGGUUUGGCAAUGAAUCCCAGACUCGAGGGAUGAUUUUAAUUUUUUUUUUUUUUUUUUUUUUUAUCGGCACAGGGGUUUGAUAUGAAAUUCUUAUGUACAGUUUGCUGCGUUACAUUGUUUUUGUUUUUUUCAUGUUCCUGGAUGUGACUGCUUUGCGUGUUCAUGCAAAAGCUGUGACUCUCCCUCCGCUUGAAAAGCAUUACUUUAAAAAAAAAAAAAAAAGCGUGUUCCAUUUAAUGUUUCUAUAACGAUGAUAAAGGGAAACAUAAACCAACAGCAAUAACAUUAAUACAUAUUGAGCAGAUUACUCUUAAGCAUAAUAUUCUACUUUUAAAAGUCAAACUAGCCAAUUGUACAAAGAAACUCAAUUUGUAAAUAUUUUGUUUUAUCAUUUUCUUUUUACACUGUUGUAUUAUACAUGUAUAUGGUGUUUUUUUUUUUUGUUUUUUUUGUGUUCCUUCAAAUGCUCUUUAUUACCUGCUAAUUAUAUGGUUUUAAUUGGUUGUUUUAACGAUGAAGAAUCUGUUAGAGAGAAAAAAUGAAUUUUUUUGCAAUUUAUAAAUGUAGUGUUUUUUCCAUCACACUUGUCCAUAUUUUCAUUGUAAAGUAUUUUUUUUAUUACAAAACUUUUUUUUUUUUUCCAUUUUUCUCAUUUUAGGUGGAGUUUUUUGUAUCAGAAAAAAUAAAUCAGAAUUACAUUUUUCAUUUGAUGAAAACAAAAUACAUCUGCAUAUGUUAUAGCCAAUAUCAUUUCAACAUAUUUUAUCUUUUUUAUUUUAUCCUAUGCUGCUGCUAAUGACAAUAUUAAAAAAAAAAACUUACUAUUCUAGAACUAUUUUUAUGUAAUUAAUGUAUGCUUUCUUGUUUAUAAAUGCCUGAUUAAAACAAAAAAAGUAAGAAAAAAGCUUAGCAUAUUUAUCUAUUUCGCUGUGUACUGUCGAUUCCUUUUUCUUUC